AUGGACCUGGGCAAGUCAUUAAAACUACACCACUAUGGCAGCUUUGAGCGCCACCAAAUGUAUGACAUCAUCACGGAUCACGGAUCAACCAAGAUCAUGAUCGAUCAGAAAGUCCCGCUCGACCCCCAACGAGCACAGGAUCGAAUCUCAGUGGAGGCAAACAAUAUCAUGACAUAA